CUAACAGUUGUUACACGUUUGGUCGACGAGUAAACAGGGUGCCGGUUCGAGCGAAUUAAAUACAGAAUUUUAGCUUGUUUCGGUGUAGUUUUGAAGUCUUAUUUAGCUUUGUGACAAACGCCGUCACACCAAACUUGCCUUGUUGGAAGGAAAUAGGAUCCUGCUCAUUAUGCAGAAAAUGAGCUACUUCUUCCCUUUGCUGUGCAUGUGCCUGGAUGUGUGCAUGGUGCACGCCAUCCGCCUGGCCCAGUUCUCGCCUCUCCUCCUCUCACAUCCCUUCAUCACCCUGUGGGGAGGAGCGCUGAUCAGGGCCUCCCUCCUCAUCUUCUUCGCCUUCACCUACCCUGGAAGCCUCCCCUGGAUGAGAAGCUUCGAGGGGCUCCAGAGUGUAGGGGUGCUUUGCUUCCACUUCCCAGUGUACAUCUCUCUUCUGUGGGCGCUGGGGCAGUCCACAAUGGAUCAGCUGUGGGGGUGGCACUCCUGGGAAAGGGUGUUACAGGGUUAUGGGGUGACAGUGGUGGCCUGGCUCUACUGGAGUCGGUAUGUGUCAUCUUGGCUGACGAGGACGCCAUCCCAAAAGCCCAAAGUGGACACUAGUACCCCUCUGAAGAGACUUUUAGGAUACAUGCGGCCUUACGGCGGGCGUUUUGUUGCUGUGCUGAUUCUAGUGUUUCUCUCGUCUUAUGGUGAGAUGGCUAUGCCUCAGUAUACUGGUCGUGUGGCUGACUGGAUCCAAAAUGAAGAAGCACCUGAUGCAUUCACGGAGGCCAUCACAAUGAUGACACUGAUGACUGUUGCCAGUGCUGUGCUUGAGUUUGUGUGUGACCUCAUGUACAAUGUCACCAUGAGCCUCAUACAUACCGCGGUGCAGGGAGCCGUCUUCCAGGCUGUGCUGAAGCAGGAGAUUGCUUUCUUUGAUGCUGCUAAAACUGGUGAACUCGUGUCCCGCAUUACCACGGAUACCAACGAAAUGAGCGAGGCACUGAGCGAGAAACUAAGUCUUGUGAUGUGGUACACAGCACGAUUUGGCUUCCUCAUGUACUUCAUGCUGUGGCAGUCUUGGAAAAUGACGCUGCUCACUUGCAUGGGACUGCCGAUCAUCUGGGUCAUACCUAAACUCACUGGACACUUCCACCAGACCAUUGCUGUAAAGGUUCAGGAGUCAUUGGCUAAGGCCAACCAGGUGGCCACAGAGACCUUUUCCAACAUGAAGACAGUGAGGAGUUUUGCCAAUGAGGAUGGUGAGACAGAGAGGUACAGACGGCAGAUGGAGGAAACCUACGCCCUAAAUAAAAAGGAGUCAGCAGCCUAUGCAGCUUCGACCUGGGCUAACAGCAUGACCACUCUGGCCCUGAAGCUGUGUAUUCUGUACUACGGGGGGACGCUUGUGACCAGGGGGGUUGUUAGCAGUGGUGACCUGGUGUCAUUCGUUCUUUACGAGCUACAGUUCGCUUCUUCUGUUGAGGCUGUCAUGCGUUACUACCCGGAGGUGAAAAAAGCCAUCGGUGCCUCUCAGAAGAUCUUUGAAUAUUUGGAUCGGAAACCUCAACUACCCCCAGAUGGCAAACUGGAGCCAAAAAAUCUUAAGGGACAUAUUCAGUUUAAAAAUGUUACAUUUUCCUAUUCUGGAAAGACAGAUGAGAAGAGUCUUGUGCUUAAGGAUGUGUCUCUGGAGGUAAAGCCGGGCCAAAUUACUGCCCUUGUGGGACUUAACAGAUCAGGAAAGUCCACCUGUGUCAAACUACUGGAGAGGUUUUACCAGCCACAGUCAGGGGAGAUCCUACUGGAUGGAGAACCGCUGCAGAGCUACAAAGACCAGUACCUACAUGACAAGAUUGCUGUAGUUAGCCAGGACUGUGUGCUGUUUGCUCGCUCUGUGCGGGAGAACAUCAAGUAUGGCUGCGAGGAUGUUUCUGAUGAGAAGAUGUACAGGGCUGCCGAACUGGCCAGUGCCCACGAGUUCAUCAUGGAACUCUCAAAAGGAUACGACACAGAUGCUGGGGAAAAGGGAGGCCAAGUGUCUGGGGGCCAGAAACAACGCAUAUCCAUUGCUAGAGCUCUAAUCAGGAAACCUAAAAUCCUGAUCCUGGACACCGCCACCAGUGAUUUGGACACUGAGAAUGAACACCGGGUCUACCAGGCUUUGUUGAAGGAAACUGCUGCAGAAAACUGCUCCGUGCUGUUGAUCCCAAACAAGAUGAGUGUUGCAGAGAAGGCCAAUCACAUCGUUGUCCUCAACAAUGGGAUGGUAGAGCAGGAGGGCAGCCAUGAUGAACUGAUGGAGAAAGGUGGGCUCUAUGCUGAACUGGUGGAAAAGCAGAAUAUGAGCUUUCAACGCCACAAAGAGGAGGAGGGGAAUGAUAUACAAUGACACGUAUAAGCAGCAGUCCAGUGACAGGAAGGGUUUUAGGGUCAAAACUCUGGCUACACUUGUAUUAUAAAGAACACCUUAAAUGUGAGAUCAUUCUUUAUUCUACGAGUGUUUGCUGUAGAGGUCAACCGAUAUGUUUUUGUCAGAGCUGACACCAAUGUCUAUUUUUAGUAAUCGAGUAGAUCGAUAUUGGUUGCACAAGCUACAACAUAAAACUUUGCUGAAAUCCCUUUAUUUAUGUUUUAUUUAAAAAUGGAUCUUGAUGGGUUGACCCCUAGCUUGCUAGUGUUUGGCCCAUUAGUACUAUUGCACCUUGAAAGUAGGUGACGCUGCAUCUACUUUAGAAAUCCAGGGAAAUAAAACCACCUUUAGGUCAGCAAACAGCGUAAACUCUUCAUGAAGACCGGUUCAAAAAACAUCCUUCAUCUGUCACAAUGUAGUACAAUUUCUUGUCAAAAUCAAUCAAGAGCAUCCAUUUAUUCAUCCAUUACCUAUAACCACUUUAUCCUAUGGAGGGUAGCAGGGGGCUGGAGCCUAUCUCAGCUGACAAGGGGUGAGGGAACUUGCAAACUCCACACAGGCCAAGCUGGCCAGCAGUGAGGCGACUACUAACCAAUACACCACCAAUCUAGCAAAUGUUUAUGGAUAAACAGCUACACAGGAAUAAUGAUUUUUUUUUGUUCACAAAAACCAUAAGAAUCCGUCACUCCAUGAUGCUGUCCAGCUUAUUGAUCAUAACAUUUUUUCACAAUGUUCCAAUACUUGCAAAGGUACAGUAUUAAACUUGAAAGCACAGUCCUCUUAACAGUGUGCCAGAGUCAGUGAUGUGGACAUAUUUAUUUUGUCUCGUGGUAGUUAUAAUCAUAUCAUCCAACCAUAGGUCCAACUGGGCAGCUUCUGUAUCCGAGUAGGUGGGAAUCUUUUUAGGUUUAUGAUCACCCAGGCUGUUGCCUCUCACACUUUGCAAAUGUAGACGUAGAGAGAUUGAUCCCCUGGAUAUUAGUUAUUUCUCAUUGCAAUCAUAUAACAAUAUUAAAAUUUCUGAAUGUACUGUAUAUAUUUUUCACAUUGGUCAAAUGCUUGAUUUUUUCUGUACUUUUUUUGCUUUAUUAGUGUUUUUUUUUUUUUUUUACUUUUAAUUGUU